GGCUUAUGGAACUAAGACAGCUGAAACUGUAAAGUACUGUACGCUUCAAUGAUUUUUCCUACUGAUGGAAGAAAUAGCAUGAAAUCUCUUUCUCUGUAAUUUUCAGCAUUGAUUCUCUAUGUUCAAAUAAACUCCUUGAUGACAGGGCUCCAGUGACACAGAAGACAAGCUCAGGAAAACAUGAACCUUCACGCUCAUUACUAUCUUGCGGUGUUCAUUACUGCAUGUUCCAUCAACUCCGGUAAGUACAAUUUAUACCUAACAUACAUUAUAUAACAUUAAGUGUGGCAGCUGCGAGAUCUCGCUAGCCUUCUGUACAGCAAAACGUUUGAUCAGAGAACUUCGGAGUCCUCUGUCAUUCCGUUGGUUAAGUUUGUUAUUUCUGUGAUGGGUAUUGUAUGGUGUUAAAAAUGACAAAAUACAUAUAGUAUAAAAAAAAUAAAAUUCAACUAUGGGUGUGAGGAAACGCGUUUCAUUUUAUACUUUAGUAUAGUUUUACACGAGAGAUCAAUUUUUAUACUUUGCAAUUAAAUUAGGAAACCUCUUUCACAUCAGGAUGGUGAUGGCAAAUAUUUGUCACUCCAGCUGUUUUGGACUGCGUUUCCCAUGAUGCUCAGCAAGCCCUUCAGAUUGCUUAGUGUUGCGUGAAACAUAGUAGAAACAAAAAAAUCUGGAGUACCAAACUGAGUGCAUUCUCUGCCUAAGGGAAGCAAUUACACCAAAAUGCAAAAACAGAAAUGACCACAGUAGACAACUGUAAAUUAACAAUGCAUUCAUUUAAAAUUCAGAGUGGGGGUAUUGCAAUAUCUUUCUUUAAAAAAACAAGAACAAAGACAACGCAGAAGAAGUUAUUAAUGAAGAAUUUGCCCUGAUUUUGUUUGACGUUGUUUUUUAUUUAUAUAUUUUUAUGCUGAGGGACUUUGAUGGAAAUGAGUAAUGAAUGCAAAAAGAUCAAUAAACAUUUGGAAGAAACCUGAUUUAUUUCUGAUCAACAAACAUGUGUAUACCUAUGACACGAGAGUUGACUUAUUGGCUACAUUGAUAUACGAUAUACGACAGUGAAAUAAAUUAAAAUGACUUGAACGAAGGGAUUCUGACUGUAUAUUUAACUACUUCACAGCAAGUAUAAUCUAUAGUGACCUGCAGAUCAAUCAGAAGAUACAGGGCAUAGGUCACUAGUUCUGCCACAAAUUGAAUAUAAAUAGGAUAUGUGCACAGCAUAAUAUAUCCUUAUUAAAACACUAGUUAGGGAAAACAGCGUUCAUGAAUCUGUCCUCAGCCAGGGGACCUUUAUAGAGAAUGGGAACAGGGCUGAUCACAAACUGUAGUGUGUUUAAUAAAUAUUACUGAUUAAUCUGUAUACUUAAAUAGAAAUGUUUGGCACAUGCAUUAUUUAUGGUUAUACAUAAGUUAUGCAAAAUGAUCACAUUACAACUGAGAAGAACAGUAUGCAUCUGAUAUAGAAAUUCCUCUGUGUGAAAUGCUUUCACUCUACGAGCACCAACAUAGGUAUGGAGGGGGCAGAAGAUAAUUUUACUGUAUGUUGUUAAUUGACCUCUAAGUCAUCGCUGUCCUAUAUCAGUUAUAAUCAUCAUCAAAACUAAUCAAUCAAACUAAUUUAUUUAUGCAAGAUGAUUGUCAACUUUAUUGAAUCAUGGGUAUGAAUAGUUUUAGUUCAUUAUGCAAGCUUUGUAUUUUAUCUUUUUUUUUACUGUUUGUUAUAUCUGAAAUUCACUGCUGGGUGACAGGUGUUAUAUUUCUAAAUAUCCGUUAGCAUUUUAAUCUAAUUUUCAGUAUCACAUCAAAAGCAGGCGUCAUGAAGUUUAUUGUUUAGUAAGUGGUUUUAUAUUUGCCACUUGCUUUAUUUAAUUUUGUUUAGCUGUCUUUUAAUUAUUUUUGUUAUUUGAAUGCUAAAUUGUACUAAGGGGUUUAUUUGGUAGUCUGUGAAGGGCAAACUGGGGCAAGAAUAAAAAUGAUUGUUUAAAAUUGCAGAAGUGGAUAAAUCUCCUAUUCCAAUAUUCAGUAGAUGUAAAUUGGUUUACAGUUCAGCUCUUGUCUCUGAAUAUGAAUAUUUGGUUUAUUCACAUUCAGUCACUUUGUCAAAUCAAAGUCAAAAACAUUCAGGUGCUGAUACUGGGAUUUCAGUUCAGUACGCAGUGGGGUAUAUUGCUGAGAAGCCAAAAAUAAAAGACCUACCAACCUAAUGAUAAUAACAGCAUAUGUAACAAACAAACAGACUCACAAACACACACACACACACACACACGUGUGCUGAAUCUGCAGGUAAAACAAGGAUCACAAGAUUCUCAUCUCCACAAAUCAUCCAAACAUGAGAUUGAUGGUUCCCCACUGGAUCCCCAGUUUAUUAGUUUCCCCAAGUAGAGGUGUCCGUGAUUCCCUGUUAACUGGUGGGGCUUCCCUUUGCAAACACAAAGGGCAGAUAAUAAAAAGCAUGGUUCAAGUGUAUGCCCCUAUGCCCCUACUGUACAGUAACUGGAUGCCUGAUACCACCAAUUCUAAAUUCCAUUACCUGGAAAGUGUCCAAGGGAUCACCAAUCCUCAGUCCACAAAGUACUCUACCGAAAGUCAUUCACAAAAAAUACAACCUCUUCUCUUAACUCCAUAGAAAAACGCCUCUAAAAUAAAAUGUCACCUUGAUGUUACCUUGAUUGCAUAAUCAUGUCAAGCAAUACCCUUGAGUUCUCCUAAUCUGUUCAUUAAAGUGACCUACCCCCAAUAAACAACUAUUAAGUCCUGACGUAUUUCUAAAAUAAUACAUGUGUACGAAAUGAGGUUCUAUCAUGUACAGGUCAGAGAAUGUACAUUCCCUAUGUGAGCAGUCCUGCUUUGCAGAAGGAUAUGGUUGGCUCACCUGUGAUUCCCAGCCUAUAGCAAUGCUUCUUCCAGUCAUAAUUGACUACAAUGAAAACAGUUUUUGCCCUAUUUUUGUAUUAUUAUUAUUAUUAUAGCGUCUGGACUUAAGGCUUUUCUAUUUUUAAGGAGCCUAUUUCAGUGGGCUGAAGAAGAAUACUCGAGAGCAUUGCUUGACAUCUCUGGACAAUGACGAUAAUUGUAAGUACAACUAUAUUUUAUUUUGCACGGUUUUCUUUUUUGUUGAAAUAAUGGUUAGGGCAACAUCUGUUUUUGAAGUUAUGAUCCCUUCAAGGCAUUUCAAAAUCUAAAGACAUACGAGUGUAUGCGUAUAUUAUGCACAUGGCUGUGAAGUCAUGGUUGGCCUAUAUGUGGCUAAAUGAAAUUGGGUUUAGGGGUAAACUACAGGCUAUUCCACGAUUAGGCAACUUUCGCAACACCAAAUGUUGUGGACUACAUCUCCCCUGAUGCUUUGCCAGUAUUAUGAAUGUAAGAGCAUUAUGGAAGGUGAAGACCACAAAAUCUGGAGUGCCAAGGGUUGCCUACCCCUGCAAUAGACCAAACUAAUGGAAUUAUUAGAUUGCAGAUGUGCUGCAUCCUACUCCAAUGGUCAUAUGAGUUUCCUUCCCCUCCAUACAGAUUAAUUAAAGGAUUGAUAGACCAAGUACCAAUCCCCUGGUCUUAUAUUCCAUUUCCCCAUGUAAAGCCAUUCUCCUCUAAGAUUAAAAUACAUUAUCCAGAAGAUUUAAAUAUCCACUGGUCAACAACUAUAAUUGUAAAUAAAUAUCCAGGCCUUUUUCCCAUUUCACCCCUAUAAUAAAUAUUGUUAUUUAUCUACCUCCUCCACCUCAAAUAGGGAGGGAGCUUGGUAAAAAUACAAUAAAUCUCAAUAAUUAUUUUGGUCCAAGAUAAGCAUGUGAACUCGGAUCUCAAACCUUAGAGAUAUAUACAAAACCACAAACAACAUAGAUUUCAAUUAACAAAUCAUUCUAAUUUAAAAAAUGAUCCAGUAUCCAUCAGUCAUCAACUAGAGGAAUCAUGAUUACAAUCUCCAGAGAGUUCAAUACUGUACACAUAAUGCAAAUGAGCUAAAUAUAGUCCUUUAUCAAUAUAAUUAUGUUAGGAGAGAAGGCAUCCGCUGGUCCUUAAUGUACAAUACAUAGAGCCAGACACUUGGCAAUACAUAGUACCAGACACUUGGCAUACCGGAGCUCUACAUGUAAGGUAUUAUAACAUGAUUAUACAUAGAAAGACAAUACAUAGAACCAGACACUUGGCAUCCCGGAGCUCUACAUGUAAGUUAUUAUAACAUGAUUAUACAUAGAAAGUCAAUACAUAGAACCAGACACUUGGCAUACCGGAGCUCUACAUGUAAGUUAUUAUAACAUGAUUAUACAUAGAAAGACAAUACAUAGCACCAGACACUUGGCAUACCGGAGCUCUACAUGUAAGUUAUUAUAACAUGAUUAUACAUAGAAAGACAAUACAUAGUACCAGAUACUUGGCAUCCCGGAGCUCUACAUGUAAGUUAUUAUAACAUGAUUAUACAUAGAAAGUCAAUACAUAGAACCAGACACUUGGCAUACCGGAGCUCUACAUGUAAGUUAUUAUAACAUGAUUAUACAUAGAAAGACAAUACAUAGAACCAGACACUUGGCAUCCCGGAGUUCUACAUGUAAGUUAUUAUAACAUGAUUAUACAUAGAAAGUCAAUACAUAGAACCAGACACUAGGCAUCCCAGAGCUCUACAUGUAAGUUAUUAUAACAUGAUUAUACAUAGAAAGACAAUACAUAGAACCAGACACUUGGCACCCCCUAGCUCUACAUGUAAAUUAUGAUAACAUGCUCAUUAUUCUGAGUCAACAAAAGGGGUACUAUACAUUGUCCAGAGGUUUUAUUACUAGAAUCAAACUCAUAGCCUCAUUGACCUUGGGUGGAGGAUUCAAAGUCACUUAAAUUUCCCCUCACUUUUCAAUCAAUCACCUAUUGAGUACCGUAAAAUAAGUCAUUAGGGCUGGUCUGUGGUUUCAGUGGAGGUCCUGGUGACUCCCAUGAUAUUGAUUUAUUUGUUUUCAAAUUAAAAGUCUGAGAAAAGGCAGUGUUACAUUGCUUUCCAUGGACACCUAUAGUGGCUGCCACUCAGACAGCCACUAGAGGCACUUCCUGCAUCUUCACAGGACUGAUAUAAUACAUUCUCCUCAUUCCCAGAGGGAAAGGCAGUCCCCACGGGUUUCCUCCAUGGGUGGGGGGUGGAUGCUUCCUCUCCUCUGCCUUAAAAGAUAACUACUGCGGAGUUCAGAGGUUGUUUCAUACUAGCUGCCUUCCUGGCCAUAUCUAUAAUUACAUCCAAGCGUCAUUUAGUCCACUUUAUCUCUGUCACAGACUAUAACAAAUACAAUUUCAAAUCUGUGAACUGUAUUUCAGAAAUAUCAAACAUUAUUUUGUAUAUAUUUAUGUUUUGUGAUGAUUUUUAUGAAUUGGGGACAUGGGUAGUUUGGUUCUGGAGGGGUACGCGGGACAUUAGUAUUUUAAUGGAUUAACCAUUUACAGUUGGAGUGUUUUUAUAUGAGGGAGAAGGCUGUGUGAAAAUAUUUGUUGGUGUUGUAUAUUCAUGGGAUUGGAAAUAUGUAAUUCACAACUGGGUGUUAAGGGACAUGCAAGAAACAGCUAAUAAAUCUCACAGUAAUAAAAAACUGCCCUUUAGGGCAUCACCAGCAAUGCAAGCAUUUUCACUGCCAUACACCUUUAGGAUGAUCCUCCCUCCUGUCCCAGGUGCGUAUUUCCCAACUUUGGGAAGUAUGAUGCUGCAGCAGCAGUAAGAUGCAGAGAGGUCUGCUAACUAAAUUUUUCCUAAUAUAAUAUAGAUCAGAUGGGGACCCUAGUGACAUUGUCUCAAACCUUAGGGACCUGUCUUUAGUUACUUUAUGGGUAAUGUAGCAAUGACCUAGUCAGUGCUUAAAAUAAAUAACCAUAACACACAAAACCCUACUGACCAAAAUAAUAUCCAAGAGCCCAAUAUAAAAUUUUGGUAUUCCCACCUUAAUUUAAGCAGCUGUUGAUCAACACAAUGUACCAGUUUGGUGGGGGGAGGGUGAGUGGGAACCACACCCACACCCCCCACCCCCCCAAUGUUUCUGGGUUUCCAGUUAUACAGAUCAAGUCAUCCACUCUGUAUGAGCAGACAAUAAGAUAGUUAUAUAUAUGAAGUCGUGCUUGGGAGAUUUAAGUUUCUUUUUUUUCAUCCCCCCUAGCCCAUUCAUGUGUCUCAUUCCCCCAACCCCUUCGUGUGUCUUAUCCCCCUAGCCCCUACAUGAGUCUCAUUUCCUCCCCCUAGCCCCUCAAUGUGUCUCAUCCCCCAGCCCCUUCAUAUGUCUCAUUUCCUACCCAGACCCUCCAUGUGUCUCAUCCUCUCAGCCCCUCCAUGGCUCAUUUCCCGGCCAGUGCCUCCAUGUGUCUCUGCCCUUCUGUACCUGCUCACCUUCAUGUAGAGUGCCCAGUCUGACAUGAAGUGCUUGUGGUCAAACUGUGGUCUGCUUGGCCACUACAUGCAAUGACUGGCAGAAGGGGUGGGGGAGGAGGGAAUGAGACACAUGGCCCCAGGCCAGUGUGGUUGUGCACUGGCCCUGCAGUUAUGCCAGCCCACCUGGAAAUACCCAGUGGGCCAGUUCAGUUCUGUGUUUCAGCAGGGGUCUACACGACAAUCAGCCCCCCCACCCCCCGGAACUAACAGGUCGGGUGUCACCGUUUGGACCCCUGCGACCGUGGUAGUUCUACCAACGGAUUCCGAUCAGAUUGACAAUCUUAUAUCUACCAUAGGUAAUUCCAGUUGGAAUUCAGUCAUCACAACUAAAUCUGCACUGUUCAGCUAGAUACAUUCACUGUCAAGUUUAAAAUCAGUGCUUUUUCGCAUCUGAAACCUAAAGAAACUGUCCACCCCCAUUGUUAAAGUUAAGCCCCCAUCCAAUGCCCAUGGGUGUCGGAUGGGGGGCACAUGGGAGACCAAUGACAGGUGGGUCAAAUUGUCGUCCCUUCUCAUUUGAUCUGUGAAUAAAAUCAACAUUUAGAGAUUAUCCCCUAACCAUUGACAAUAUUUUUUGCCAUCAAUCAUCUCUUUUUUUUGGCAUCUCAGAUGGAACUCUAAAUCAUGAAACAAAUGAACCUGUUUGUCCAUUGUGCUUCAGAAUUGUGUGACCUGGCAAUUGCCUAAAAUUCUGAUGAAUCCCAGUUAGUUUGAAACUUGAAUGCACAAGUCUAUUAAAUGCAGUUAUACAUUUCAAAUGUCCCCGUAUGCAUCGGGAUGGUUUUGCCCUGUUCAAUACAGAACCAUAUGGACUUUAGUGAAAAGACCCAUGAGUUUUUCAUCCAGUGCUACCUUUCAUUUUUUUACUCUUGUAAGAGACAGUGAAACAAUCCCCAAAUUCUCUAAUCAAGAGAUUGAAAGCCUUUAAUGAGGAAAAAAAUUCAUUUUUCUUCUUACAUAGUUACAUAGCUGAAAAGAGAUAUGUGUGUUCCUUCAAGUUUAGUCUUUAUCAUUUUUGCUGUUGAAGUACCAAUUUUUCAACAAACUAGGAAAAAAAAUAUUUUACUUGCUUGAUCUGUAUUCAUCCAUCCACGUAAAUGCCUAAGAGAUUGAAGGUUUUUGUCUGUGUUUGUUCCAUUCUCUACUAAUUGAAUUACUUCCUUGUGCCUUUGAUGUGCCCUCCGUGUGUUUCCAAUAUAAUCAGUUAGUAUGCAGACCUGUCUUUGCAACUAGAAAUUGGUGAUCCUUUACGAUGUACAGCACAAAUAAAUAGGGUUAAUUCAAUUUCUACUAAGAGCAUAACUAUUGAUAUAAGAUACAAUAAUACUAAAUGCCACAAGCUCUUGUACAACAACAUAAUAUUGGAAUAGUAUAGUGGAAUAUACUAUACCAUUUUAAUAGGUACAUCUACAUCUACCUAGGUCUGCAGAAUAUUUGGACUUGCAUUCAGUGCAAUUCCAGUGCAUUAUGAAUUCAGUAACAUGCUAAUAACAUUUCAUAAGCAUCAUUUAGUUCCAGCAGACUUUUCAACCAGACUUUCAUGCUGUGAACCUCUGACUCCAUUUGUGCAAGCAACUGGAGAAAACUGAAGUCAAUGUCAUGUUCAUGGAGCUAUCUUAAAAUCUCUCAUGGAGCUAACUUGACAUGAUGUUUACUUUGUGACAUCGUACAUUAGCCAACUAGAACUAUGAAUUUAAAAAUAGAGAGAUUGUGCCAAAUGGUGUAGCAAGUGGUCAGCAACACAGCAUAUGUACUGUAUCAUUAAACUUAUAUUCAUUUGGCUUAAUGUGAUCCCCAAAACCCUAUAAUGCCCUUUAUUACCAUUCUGUACUCCAACAUUGACUCUGACAGAAAUGUAGCCCUUUCUUGAACUCGUGUAAUAGUGCAUGAAAAAAAUUAAAACAAAUCCAUUUUUGAAUGAGCUUCCUGAAUCCAAUUUUGAUACAUAUAUAUUUUAUUUCCUGGCUAAUCAUAUGGGUUUAGCUCCUCCCCCUAACCCUCAGGAUAGGAAACACAAACAAUAAAACAAUUAAGCAUACCUUCCCCUGGUAUAAUAGGAACCCCAUUAGCCAUCAUACCUCAGUCUUUUUCCUGCCCUCAUAGCCCUAGGACAGUUGUUAUUUUUUAUUUCCUUGAUUUUUUAAGGGAAAAGGUUUUUUUUUUUAUGCUCAUCUGAUCAUGCUGCUAUGAUCUUCUCCCUGUGGAGGUCAUCCUUCCUCCACAGGAAGCCCAGGCACAUGUAGCCCUUUCUCUGCAUGAGUUGGGAACCCCUAGGAGCCAUGGAGGGUACUCCCCCUGGCAUCUGGAGCCUGUGUUCGCCAGGAUUGAGCGUCCAGACCUCGAUCAGACGAUCAUCCAUCCAUUAAGACGCCCGUGCAUGCGCAAUGGUCGCGGCUGGAUUUUCAGCAUAUUUGCCCUCAUCCAAAAUGGUAGAGCCGCGGACUUGCGGCCAAUCGGUGCAUGCGCUCCUUCUUAAAGGCGCAGAGCGGGAAAUUUGAAAAUGGCGGUAAUUCUGCAAAAUAACUAGCAUUUUCAUUUCCUUUUGACAUACAGUGCUCUCUAGUGCCACAUACAUUCUCUGCAGGUAUGUAUUAUACUUCAAUCUAUAAUACUGAGUGCUGCUCAGUUUUGUUGCAUUUAGUUCAAUUGUAACAACCUUUUUUAUAUAGCCCUUUUACUAUGAUGGAUCCAGCAUCUCCAUCUGCUAAGUUGGCAAGAUCUGCAAUAGGUCAUAGGUGAGCAUUACAUUUUUUUACUAUUUCUCAAGAUUUAAAAAAGUGCAUGGAGGGUACAGUCAUAUGACUUCUGUGUUUUAGAGCCCUCAAGACCGGUUUGGCCCUAGAUCUCCAUCUAAGAGGAGGGAUAAACCGGCUGCCUGCCCUGGAUGUGGCGCAAGGCCUUUGGAUAACUGCAAGCUAUGCUGCAAGUGCUUAUCUAUGGUUGCAGGAGAGUCGGAACAUUGCAGGUCACCUCAAGCUUCUACGUCUUCAGCUCAGGACAUAGCUUAUUGGAUUAAGCAAGCUGUGGAGGAAGGGAUUUCAGAAUCCAAUAGAGGUAAAAGAUCCAGAUAUAAGAGCUUUGGCCGAGAAUCCGACUUAUCUGAAGAGGACUUCAGACACACCGCUGGUUCCUUAGAAAUGGAACUCAUCUCUUCUAGUGAGGAAGAGUUUAUGGAACACCCUUGCUCAUCAGACGCUAAGACUAUGGAGCAUCUGAUCAGGGUAGUUAGAAAAACUUUGGAUUUGCCAGAAGAAGUCAAAGAAGUUUCAACUUCUGAUAGGCAUUUCGGAGACCUCCGCAAGAGGAGACCUUCCUUUCCGGUGCACAGAUCCAUUAAGGAGCUGAUACGCUCAGAAUGGAAUGCUCCUGGAAAAAGAAUUACUAGUCAGGGCAGACUGUCCAAAGUGUCCCCUAUUAAGGAAGAGGACUCAAGAAUGUGGAUCUCGGUCCCAAAGAUUGAUGCUCCGAUUAUUAAGGUGGCAAAAAGAUCAACUCUGCCUAUUGAUAGUAAUGCUUCACUCAAGGAACACAUGGAUAAAAGAAUUGAUGCAGAUUUUUCUAAGGUCUUCAUGACAGCAGGCUUGGGAUGUCAUCUGGAGAAGGUUCUUAAGCUUAACACCCUUAAAGUGCACUUAUCAGUUAUCUCUGCUCUUUCUGGUAUUCGAUGGGCCCUUCAUCCUAUGGUGGUUUGUUUUUUCAAGGCCGUAUUACGUAUUAGACCUCCUGUCAGACAACUGGCGGCUCCUUGGAAUUUGCCUCUGGUGCUACAGGCUCUAAAGGAUCCUCCCUUUGAACCUAUUGGUGACAUACAUAUGCAGAUCCUUUCUCAGAAUACUCAUUUAUUACUGGCUCUAGUCUCAGCCAGAAGAAUGUCUGACAUCCGGUCUUUAUCUGCCAAGGAACCUUACACUUCCUUCUUCGAUGAAAGGGUCGUUCUCCGCCCGAGACCUGAAUUUCUUCCGAAGCUAGUUACAUCUUUCCAUCUCAAUCAGGAAAUUGUCUUGCCUGCCUAUUUUCAGCAUCCAUCUACCCCUGAAGAGUCAAGGUGUCACAUGCUGGAUCUUCUGAGAUGUUUGUCGAUGUAUGUUGAGCGCUCUGCUGCCUGGAGGAAAUCCUCUCAAUUGUUUGUUAUACCUUGGGGUUCUCGCAAAGGUGAAGCCACUUCAGUCUCCACUCUUCGUUCCUGGACGGUUUCUGCUAUUUCCAGGUCUUAUAAAGCAAGGAACGUUCCUGUUCCCAAAGACAUCAGGGCUCAUUCCACAAGGUCCAUUGCUACUUCGUGGGCUGCAGAGUCAGGAGUUUCUGCAGAGAGCAUCUGUAAGGCUCUAAAGACCUUUGUAAAACUGUCAGGGUACCUGUUGGUGAUGUAUCCAGGGAGGACAUCCUCUCUGCUUAGGGGCUCUCUUCACCUAGCAUUUCGGCAUAUUCCGGCCGUUUUCGCGCCGGCCGCGCUAGCUCCUCCCCCUUUAAUGACGCGACGGCUAGCGUCGACGUCAUGACGUCGGCAUUUGCAUAAAGUGCCGGGAACCGCUAUUCCGGACCUUUUGGGGGCGUGGUCUCUAUUUAGGUAACAGGGUAUUUAAAGGAAACCUUUACUACUGCUCAUUGCCCUGUCGUGGUUCUAGCUUGCUAGUCACUCAGCGCGUUCUUUAUCUUGUGUUUCCGGUUUUGACCCUUGCUUGUCUUUUGUCCUGUUGUCCUCUCCUCUCCUUUGACUCGGCUUGUAUCUCGCUUACCUGUCCUCCGGCUCCCUUGACCUCGGCUUACCUUUUGACUAUUCUUGCUUUGUCCUUACGUUAGUCCGGCCAUUCUAAGGUCCGGUAUACGUACCUCCUUCUGUGCGCACUCUGCGUAUUGGAUCCCUGUCAGUUUCCUGACAUUACGACAGGGCCAUGAUGGAUCCUGCAGGUGCUAGUCCUCCUGACCCCAGAUUUGAGGCCAUGGACCAUAGAAUGGACCAAAUGGCUUUAGCGUUACAAACUUUGUUGACACGCUCCAGUACCCAGUCUGAAGAAAUACGUUCCACUGCUAGCCACUCGCUAAGUACUGGUUUGGAAGUAGCCACUGUAGGCGCAUCUUCCCAUGUCACGUCACCAUUACGAUAUGGGGGUUCGCCUGAUGCUUGUCGUGGUUUUUUAAACCAGAUAAGUAUACAUUUCGAACUACAACCCCGGGCUUACCCCACUGACAGGGCUAAGGUAGGCUUUAUUAUAACCCUGCUAAUAGAUAAAGCACUUAGAUGGGCCAAUCCCCUUUGGGAGAAUGACAAUCCUUUAGUCUACAACUACACUGCGUUUGUCACGGCUUUUAGAAGAACCUUUGACCCCCCAGGGAGGAAGAUUAAUGCGGCCAGAUCCCUGUUACGCCUUAAACAACAAGAUAGGACCCUUGUAGAAUAUGCUCUAGAGUUUAGAUCAUUGGCAGCAGAAGUGAAAUGGAACGAACAAGCUUUUAUGGAUGUUUUCUUGAAUGGGUUGUCUGAUGAAAUUCUAGAUGAAAUUGCCACAAGAGAACUUCCGGAAAAUUUAGAGGAUUUAGUAUCCUUCAUUUCCAGAAUAGAUGAACGCAUGAGACAGAGGCAGAACACUCGGGAAAGAGUUACUAGACUUCCUGUAAGACUCGCUCCCUCAUUUCAGAACCCUGACUCCUAUAAUCCUACUCCACCAGAACCUAUGCAAAUAGGUAAUACUCGCUUAUCUGAGGCUGAGAGACAGUACAGAAGAAGGGAGGGUCUCUGUUUAUACUGCGGGCUGAGAGGUCACCUACGUCUUAGUUGCCCUAAUCGUCCGGGAAACGCUCGCACCUAAGUUCCCUUAGAGGACGGGCCUUGGGUGUUUCAUUACUGUCCUCUAUGCAUAAUAAAAAAGACCAUAGGCUUCUGAUUCCUGUCUCUCUAGCUUGGGAAAAGGGGUUUAUUGCUACGAUGGCAUUAUUAGAUUCUGGAGCAGCAGAAAGCUUUAUAGACCAAACUUUCGCUAAUAAGCAUUGUAUCCCAUUCCAAUUGAGAGAUACACCCUUGGCCGUUGAGGCCAUAGAUGGUAGACCUUUAUCUGAACCAGUAAUAUUUCAUGAGACCGAACCCGUUAAGCUUACUGUUGGUAUUUUCCACGAAGAGUUGAUUUCCCUUCUGUUAAUUUCCUCCCCGGCAGUCCCAGUGGUUCUAGGAUAUUCUUGGCUCAAGAGACACAACCCUCAGAUUGACUGGGAGGGUGGAGAAAUCGUUUCUUGGGGUAUGGGUUGUAGGAAAGAAUGUCUGCAGAGAGUUACUUCUGUUUGCCCCGUAAACUCUUAUGUUAACUCUUCUCAAUCCACAGACGUUCAGAUACCAUUACAAUAUCUAGACCUCAAAUCUGUAUUUGACAAGGGUAAGGCGGAUACUUUACCUCCCCACCGGUCUUAUGACUGUUCUAUUAAACUUUUCCCUGGUACUAUGCCUCCCAGGGGUACGGUAUACCCUCUAUCCACCAAGGAAAACUUAGUUUUAGAGGAAUAUAUCAAGGAGAAUUUAGACAAGGGAUUUAUUAGAAAGUCUUCUUCUCCGGCGGGGGCGGGUUUCUUUUUUGUAGAAAAGAAAGACGGUACCUUACGUCCUUGUAUAGACUAUCGGGGAUUGAACAAAAUUACUAUCAGAAAUGCUUACCCUAUUCCUUUGAUUACUGAACUCUUUGACAGACUAAAGGGCUCGAGUAUUUUUACUAAACUUGACUUAAGAGGAGCAUAUAACUUAGUGCGAAUUAAACAAGGAGAUGAAUGGAUGACAGCAUUUAAUACCCGUUACGGGCAUUAUGAGUAUACCGUAAUGCCGUUUGGGCUUUGUAACGCCCCGGCCGUCUUCCAAGACUUGAUCAAUGAAGUUCUUAGAGAAUUCCAACAUGAAUGUGUAAUUGUAUAUUUGGAUGAUAUACUAAUCCAUUCUAGAGACAUUAAUUCACAUCAUAGACAAGUCAGAAAGGUAUUACAGAAACUUUUACAACAUGGAUUGUAUUGUAAAUUGGAAAAAUGUAGCUUUGACCAGUCUCAGGUAACUUUCUUAGGUUACGUAAUUUCCAAAGACGGGUUUAUGAUGGACCCGACCAAACUAAAAUCGAUUUUAGAUUGGCCUUUACCUAAGGGACUCAAAGCCAUACAAAGAUUUCUUGGAUUUUCUAAUUAUUACAGACGUUUUAUUAAAGGGUACUCCUCUGUUAUCGCUCCUAUCACUAAUAUGACCAAACAAGGAGCCGAUACCAAAACCUGGUCUACUGAGGCUUUAUCUGCUUUCGAAACGCUCAAACAGUCUUUUGCCUCAGCACCUGUAUUAGUUCAUCCUGAUACCUCUCUACCCUUUUUACUUGAAGUUGAUGCGUCUGAAACAGGGAUAGGCGCAGUGUUAUCCCAAAGACAAAGUUUAGAUAAGCCGCUGCACCCUUGCGGUUUUUUUUCCAAGAAACUAUCACACACUGAAAGGAGAUAUGACAUUGGUGAUAGAGAACUUUUAGCUAUCAUUAUGGCAUUAAAGGAAUGGAGACAUUUGUUAGAGGGCACCGUCCUCCCAGUUACUAUCUUGACUGACCACAAAAAUUUAUCGUAUAUGGGGGAGGCCAAAAGAUUAUCUGCCAGGCAGGCACGUUGGUCUAUGUUCCUUACACACUUUAAUUAUGUGCUUACUUACAGGCCUGGUUCUAAGAACACUAAGGCAGACGCUUUGUCACGUCAGCACGAACCUACCACCUCUACAGAGGAUACUUUGUUCCCUAUUAUUCCGGAAGUCAAUAUUAUCGCCAACACCAAUGUCAAAAUACACUCUCCAUUGCUCGCUGAUAUUCAAAACGAACAAUCUCUUGCUCCCGAACGUACUCCUGUGGGCCGCUUGUUCGUGUCUCCCAAAUUCCAAGUGGACAUUAUUCGCUGUUUCCAUGAUAGCAAGAUCGCUGGUCACCCCGGCAUCCACAAAACUUACUGCCUUAUCUCCAAAGACUUCUGGUGGCCCGGUUUACGUAGGGAUGUGGAAGACUUUGUCAAGGCUUGCAAUGUUUGUGUCAGGAAUAAACUUCCGCGGGAUCUCCCUUGUGGUUUAUUGCAGCCCUUAGUCGUUCCCAACAAGCCUUGGGCUUGUUUGGCUAUGGAUUUUAUUGUUGAUCUACCAGCUUCCAAUAGGCAUACUGUUAUCCUCACGGUCCUUGACAGGUUUACUAAAAUGGCUCAUUUCGUUCCCUUGCCUAAACUUCCGUCCUCCCCCGAACUGGCCGUGAUAUUUGCUAGAGAAAUUUUCCGUUUACAUGGUAUUCCCAAUGAGAUUGUGUCAGACAGGGGUUCCCAAUUUAUUUCCCGUUUUUGGAGAUCCUUCUGUUCACAGUUGGGCAUCAAACUGAAUUUUUCUUCGGCCUAUCAUCCUCAAUCUAACGGAGCAGCCGAACGCACUAACCAAAAAAUUGAGCAAUAACUACGUUGUUUUGUUUCUGAACACCAGGAUGACUGGGUCGGUCUGAUUCCUUGGUUUGCUCACAACAACCUUGUUUGUGGUUCCACUCGUAAUAGCCCCUUUUUCUUGAACUAUGGCUUUAACCCUACUGUUCUUCCGUCGGUGUCUCCUUCCCAGGGUAUACCGUCGGUUGAUAUUCAUAUAGCCAACCUGAGAAAGUUGUGGGAUCAGACUCGACAAAUUCUUGAACGUAGUUCCGCGGUGUUUAAGUCACAUGCUGAUAGGCGUAGACGUCCUGCUCCUAUUUUUUCUCCGGGGGAUAGGGUCUGGUUGUGUACCAGACACAUUCGCCUGAAAGUUCCUUCCUUGAAGUUUGCUCCUCGUUACAUUGGUCCUUACAGGGUACUGAGGAGGAUCAACCCGGUUUCUUAUUUGCUGGAUCUACCUCCUACUCUACGCAUCCCUAACUCUUUUCAUGUGUCGUUAUUGAAACCUCUUGUUUGUAACAGAUUUUCCUCCCGCUCUACUCCUCCAUCCUCAGUCCGUGUGGAUGGUCAGGAGGAAUAUAUCAUCAAGUCCAUCCUUGAUUCUCGUAUUUCUAGGGGGAAGCUGCAAUACCUCAUAGACUGGAAAGGUUAUGGUCCAGAAGAGAGGUCUUGGGUUCCUGGUAUAGACGUGCAUGCUCCUCGUCUUCUUCGGGCCUUCCACGUUCGUUUUCCUUCUAAGCCAGGUCCCAUCCACCCGGUGGGCGUUUCUAGAAGGGGGGGUACUGUCAGGGUACCUGUUGGUGAUGUAUCCAGGGAGGACAUCCUCUCUGCUUAGGGGCUCUCUUCCCCUAGCAUUUCGGCAUAUUCCGGCCGUUUUCGCGCCGGCCGCGCUAGCUCCUCCCCCUUUUAUGACGCGACGGCUAGCGUCGACGUCAUGACGUCGGCAUUUGCAUAAAGUGCCGGGAACCGCUAUUCCGGACCUUUUGGGGGCGUGGUCUCUAUUUAGGUAACAGGGUAUUUAAAGGAAACCUUUACUACUGCUCAUUGCCCUGUCGUGGUUCUAGCUUGCUAGUCACUCAGCGCGUUCUUUAUCUUGUGUUUCCGGUUUUGACCCUUGCUUGUCUUUUGUCCUGUUGUCCUCUCCUCUCCUUUGACUCGGCUUGUAUCUCGCUUACCUGUCCUCCGGCUCCCUUGACCUCGGCUUACCUUUUGACUAUUCUUGCUUUGUCCUUACGUUAGUCCGGCCAUUCUAAGGUCCGGUAUACGUACCUCCUUCUGUGCGCACUCUGCGUAUUGGAUCCCUGUCAGUUUCCUGACAAAAACCCUACAAAGUAAAUGUGGCUUCUCGCUCAGAUUCGGAGUUUGGCCUGUCUGUCCUCAACUCCUUUAAUCCACAUAGCUGAUUUAUAUUAAACUAUUUUUUGUAGCAUGUAUUUCCCUCCCAGUGUUAUUAUUGCUGGGUGAAUCCCAUAUGUUAAAUGCUGACAUGAUUAGCCAGGAAUACGGAAAAUGUAUUUAUAAUUACCGUAAUUUUCUUUUCCUGGCUAUUAUUCAUGGCAGCAUUUGGUUUCCCACCCUCUCUUGGAUUUUCUUCUUGUUACUUGACUGAAGUGUGAUGGCUAAUGGGGUUAUUAUACCAGGGGAAGGUAUGCUUAAUUGUUUAAUUGUUUGUGUUUCCUGUCCUGAGGGUUAGGGGGAGGAGCUAAACCCAUAUGUUAAAUGCUGCCAUGAAUAAUAGCCAGGAAAAGAAAAUUACGAUAAGUAUGAAUACAUUUUCCGUAUUAUUUUUGUUUUUUUCAUUUGAGUAAAAUGUCACAAAUAUAAUUUUGACACGAGCUAGGAAAAAGCUGAGCUUUUUUUAAAAUCUAUGUUGGAGGACACACAUGCACCUGUUUUGACUUUGAUCUAAUGGUUGAAGUUGUAAGCUUUGAUCUUUUAAACAUCAAAUGGUUUCAGUAAAUCUCUAUUGAUUUUUGAAUGACAUUUAUUUUCCUGUUCUCCUAUAUUUGGUUUUAGUCCUUUCGCGCUUCCAUCCUUUGGCAGAGAUUGAAGAUGUUCUUCUACGAAACCUUUUCAUUGGUUAUCAGAAAUGGGUGAGGCCGGUGCAAAAUCCAAACCAUACCAUCAGAGUGAAUUUUGGAUUAAAAAUAUCUCAGCUCGUAGAUGUGGUAAGAAAAUGUCUAAAUUUAAUCUAAUGAUAAAUAUAAAUGCAGAUAAACAGUAUACUUGUGAAGAGAUUCAUGCAGGAUAUGUGAUAAAUUUGAUAUCUGUGCGUAUUAACCCCUUAAGGACCAAACUUCUGGAAUAAAAUGGAAUCAUGACAUGUCACACAUGUCAUGUCUCCUUAACUGGUUAGGGACACUGUAGGCACAAAGACCACUUCAGCUUCAGCGUUGCCGGAAUACCCAUAGGAAAGCAUUAAUUAAUGCUUUCCUUUGGAGAGGUCUAAUGCACGCAGCCAUUGCCGCACAUGUCCAUUAGGUGUCUUCCCCGACGGCGGCCAUUGGCGGAGCCUGGGGGGCGGAGCCUGACCGAGUGCCGACAGACAUCGGCGCUGGAUUCAGGUAAGUGACUGAAGGGGUUUUAACCCCUUCAGCGACAUGGGAUGGGGGAGCGGGAGGGAGGGGGGCACUCCUAGAUUCUACAGUGCCAGGCUUUGUUUUCCUGGCACUGGAGAAUCCCUUUAAUUAUUCUUUAAUUAUGAAUAAAAUAGGCAGAUAAUCUUCAUUCUGGAUUCAUCCCAAUCUUCUUACAUCAUGACCCGAUUCUAGAACUUAAAACGGAAAUGUCACUUCACAGAAUUUUUAAUAUUAUGUUAUACUUAUUCCAAAUAUUUGAUAAAUAUGUGUUGUGAGGUAUGAGAAAUAAAUUAAAUGCAGAGAUCCAUACAUCAAUCUUAGAACUGGUUGCCUCCAUCUUGGCUCCUUGUGAAUCUCUGCUAUAAACUUUGCAUUUUUUGCCAUUAAACAUAGUUAGAGGAAGGAGAGAUACCGAGAGAGUGAAACAAUGUUUUUGUUACUCCUCAUUUUCUAUCUGUGUCUUGACUAAAUUGUUUAGUGAUGUCAUGGAACACCAAAUUUAAAUUAAAAAAAAGGUUAACACAAGUUAUAGGUGAUUUAAAAUUUUUUAUUUUUAUUGGUUAUUAUUGAUGUCCCGAACGGUUCGCCGAACGGUUCGCCACGGAAGGCGAACAUAUGCGCUGUUCGGUCUGCCCCCUAUUCGUCAUCAUUGAGUAAACUUUGACCCUGUACCUCACAGUCAGCAGACACAUUCCAGCCAAUCAGCAGCACACCCUCCCUAGCAGACCCUCCCACCGCCUGGACAGCUCACUAAGAAUGCAGCUUCACAAUGAAUGUAAAAUGGAUGCUGUCCAGGAGGUGGGAGGGUCUGCUGCUGAUUGGCUGGAAUGUGUCUGCUGACUGUGAGGUACAGGGUCAAAGUUUACUCAAUGAUGACAUAGGGGCGGACCGAACAGCGCAUGUGUUUGCCGUCCGUGGCAAACCGUUCGGCGAACCGUUUGGGACAUCACUAAUGGUUAUGCUUUAAAAAGUAAUAUAAUAAAGUAUGUAACUUUUAUGAAAGGAACACUAUAAAGUGAGGAAUACAAACUACAGAAAUAGAAUUAAGUAAUUGCCAAGUUGGGGGGAGUGGCUUCAACAGAUUCCUGUUGGGAUCUGAGAUCGCUAUCCAAAAGAGUGCAGUUCUAGGAACAGUUUAGAUUGUGUGUGUGUGUUAUGUUAUGUUUAAGGAAAUACGUAAACAUUUCUGUAUCUUUAAUGCUUCCAUAGAAAAGACAUUGAGAUAUGAACAAAACAUUUAAACAUCUCAAGAGUUUUGACAAAGUGGAGACAUUUUCACCAGGAAUAUAAUUGCCAAAACAAAAGCAUAUUUAUAUAAUUUGGAGGAUAGGAUAUUGGGCAUAAUGGCAAAAAUGUGUUGUCUUGUUGAAUAGUGAUCCCUUUUGGAGCAUGGUAGAAGACCUUUUGGAGGCUGUCUUCCAGAGGCCCUUUGUAUUAGACUACUGGCUUUUCCUACGGUCCUGAAAAAGCAUUUUAAUAAAAUCACUUUGGCAGCCAGUAGGGCUGUCCUCCCUCCAUAAAAUAUGGAAUCCCUGGCAUGAAUACACCUCUAAUUCUUUGUUUUGACAUGCUCUUUUUUGGCGAUGCAAAUUAAUCGUGGUGGCUUUUCCAUUUUCUUCUUUCCUCCUUCCCUAGUCCUAUUCCUCUCCAUCCCAUUUUCUUAUUAUUUUACAUAUUUUGAGUUUGGGUCCUUAUUAUGUAUAACUGGAAAAUGAGAUGUGAUCUUCCAUUCUUUGAUUAAUAUUGCACUGUAAUUUGUGCAAUUUUUGUGUCUUUUAAUUCAAUAAAAGUAUUAUACAAAAUGAAAAACUAUUAUACGUUUUUAAAAUAGAUUUAUAACACUACAGGGCCAUUUCAUUUGGCUACAGAAUGAUUUUUAGGCAGCCAUGGAUAGGGCAUUCUCUGGAAUAUUUUGGUUACUUUACAAUAUUUUGUUAGAUAUGAAUGUGAUGGCAUUAGUUGUUUAGCUCAUGAGCCAAUUAUUUCAUUUGCACAAAUUUACUCACAAAUAUAAUGACAUAUGCAUAUUAAGCUUACAAACAAAAAGGAACUGAGCUCGUCCAAAAGAGGUACGGCACUGUAGAAAAGAAGGUCUGGAAAGUCUCGGUUCCUCCAGGGGACAUGUAGCAAUAUAUGAUUCAACCAACCUGCAGGGCGGGCUUCACUGGUUAUUGAACCUUGAUUUAGUCAGCAGGCCCCAGGGAACUUGUAUUUUAUGUAAUCCUGCAUAAUAUAGAAGUCUAUUUGGAACUAAAAUUGGAUUACAGCAAUCUCUGCAUUAGGACUCACACAAGCGUAUUUGGUAGAGGCUAAUACAAUGGAAAAUUAAGCAAACCUUGGUACAGACACACUGAACAAAAAACACAUGUAAGAAAGAUUAGAUUUUACUUACGAAACACAGAGAGUAUAUAGGUUAGUUGCUUUUACUCCGUGUUUCGAUGAAUAAUACAAUUCAAAAUGUAUUCUUUUUUUGUUCCUAGUCUAGAGCCACUUCUUCCUGCAGUUACUGGGUUAAACAAGUAUACUAACUACAUAUGAGCAUGCAUACUGCUAUUAGGACAACAUACACUAUCGCAUUAAUCACACGUGUGGCACAAAUAGCCUGCUGGCUACUCUCUCUAUUUACGCCUGAAAAUCCUGUUAACUGUGUCAGCAAAGCGAACCAGCAGAGGUCUCUGAAAUGAGUUUCUGAUUUUAAUGCCACAUGAAAUAGAGAGCUUCUGGAUCUAAAAGAUAUGGCUGGAAACUCGAGUAUUAUAAAUAUAUAUUAUUUUAUUUCUUAUAUCUUAUUUAUAUUAUUUAAGUUUUUAUUCUUGGAAAAAACUGGAUAAAUUAAGAAAAAUGCAUCCAAAUCUGGAAUAUUUGUCAUGUAAGCUGAUUACAUUUUCUCAUUUAAAUAAUAUGUUUUACAGUAUACAUAUUGUAUCAUAAUGGUACUGAGAUAUUUUAGAUUUUUAAUAUCUCAAAGGGUUUCUGGGGUAGUUUGGUAAUGUUAUCUUCCAGAGCUGACAUUUUUUUAAAAUCUGACUUAUUACAUGUAGUUGCUGUAUAGCUAUUUUAUAGGGAAUUGAUUUAAAUCCGUGGGUAGUGUUAGUUAACUUUUGAACUCACAGCAAUGGACAUAUAAUUAACACUAAACACAAUACAAGCCCCCCCCCCAGCCUCUCCCGACUACCUCACCCCGUCAUCUUCGUGCCCACGGAAUUCCCAAGGAGACGGGGCAACACUCGACAACAGACACCGAUUAGAAGAGUAAACAAACCAUUAAAGGACAUAGCGAACCACCUCCACCCAUCACAAAUGGCCUACGAACCCGAUCCUUUACGCGUCACAACCAUGAACUGCAGGGGCCUAAAUAUCCCGGAGCGCAGAUCGCAACUUCUCCGAGAGCUUUCCUCUAAGCACAUAUCAAUUGCUUUCCUACAGGAAACACAUUUUAAGGAAGGACAUGCUCCGCUGUUGAAAAGCAAACACUAUCCCACUGCGGCUCAUAGCAACCACCUGACUGCACGUAAGGCAGGCGUAGCGGUUCUCACCCAUGCUCAACUACAGUUCCAGGAAGUGGAACGAAUGGUUGAUCCUAACGGCAGGUACCUGUUCCUUAAGGGAGACAUACAGAACCGUAGGUACACUCUCGUGAUGAUCUAUGCUCCAAACAACAACCAAUCACACUUCAUACGUAAAUCUCUCUCCAACCUCUCUUCAUUCACAGAGGGCACGUUGAUCGUUGGAGGAGACCUCAAUGUUCCCCUCAUCCCUCUAAUAGAUUCGUCCACGGGACACAGUAGCAUCACCCAAGGAGCCCUCCAAAGCAUACAGAAAUCGCUUAAGAACCUUAGGCUGGUGGACUGCUGGCGAGCAAUGCACCCGGCGGACAGGGAAUACACCCACUACUCAGUGAUACAUAAGCGAUACGCGAGGAUUGACUAUAUCUUUCUCCAACAGGAACACUUUGACGCCAUCCAAAAAGCAGAAAUUGGAUCGGCAAGCUGGUCAGAUCAUUGACCUGUGACCCUACAAAUGGACUCCCCCAGGGUACGCCCAUCCUCUAAGACAUGGCGACUCCAGGACUCCUUACUCUUGGACCCAUCAGUGAAGGAAACGGUCUCCGAGGAACUCACUUCCUAUUUCGCACUGAACGAUACAGAUGAUCUCUCCGCGACCACGAUAUGGGAAGCGCACAAAAGUGUGCUCAGAGGUACACUGAUGCGCUUGGCUUCUAAGAAGAAAAGAGAAUCUCGGAGACAUAUGACGGAUCUAUUAACACACAUAAAUGUGCUCGAAAUGCAACACAAACGUUCCCACCUCAAGGAGACAUAUAAAGAAUUAUUGGAAGCCCGAAGAUCUCUACAUGCCCACAUGACGACUCGACACUAUAGCUCCAUACAGCGUUCAAAGGCCUUCUUUUACCAACACGCCAACAAAGGAGGGCGGCUGCUGGCCAGAAUGAUUAGAGGCCCCCAGGGCAUGACCCAGGUCCAUAAGCUACGGACGUCAGACGGCACGAUCACACAAUUCCCGGAUAAAAUAGCAUCCGAGUUUCGCACGUUCUACGCCUCGUUAUACAACAUCCCGGGACCUACACUCCCGGAGGAGGUGGCAAUCAGACGAGACAGAAUAAGGAGUUACAUCGAAUCACACGUGAGGACGCAAUUGCAGCAAGGGGAACCGGAGUUACUGGCUAUACCGAUCACGGAGGCAGAAGUGGCAGGAGCAAUCAAGACCGCCAAAACGGGUCGGGCCCCAGGUCCUGAUGGCUUUACCUUAGACUAUUAUAAAAAAUUCCGAACCAUACUGCUCCCAAGACUCACCAACGCGUUCAACGCUUUGAUAGAUGGCGCCCAGUUCAGACCCGAAUCCCUAGCGGCAACUAUAACGGUCCUCCCGAAACCGGGGAAGGACCCCGAACUCUGCAGCAGCUAUAGACCAAUAUCACUGCUAAAUGUAGACGUGAAGCUCCUCACCAAAAUACUAUCCACCAGAAUCGGGAAAAUACUCCCGAGAUUGGUCCAUCCAGACCAGACGGGGUUCAUCCCUGGGAGGGAAGCUAGAGACAGCACCCUUAGAGUACAAUCCAUCCAUCACCUGGCAAGGAGAUCAACUGAUAAGCUCCUACUACUGUCAACGGAUGCGGAAAAAGCAUUCGACCGGGUUGAUUGGACAUUCCUUGUAACCACACUCCGGGAAAUGGGCUUCGGAGGGAACUUGAUGAAAUGGAUUGAUGCGAUCUACCAUUGCCCCAAUGCGAAGGUGAGAGUGAACGGAGCGCUUACCGAUUCCUUCCAGAUCCACAAUGGGACAAGAGAGGGGUGCCCACUCUCCCCCAUGCUCUUCGCCCUGGCUCUCAAACCGUUCCUAGAAGCGGUGCGCACGUCGGAUACAAUCAAGGGCUUCAAAAGCGGUAAUACAACACACAAAGUAGCGGCAUACGCGGAUGAUCUCUUAUUUUUUAUCACGGAUCCGGAGGCAACAAUGCCCCACCUAGUCGCUAUGAUCACGAACUACGGGGAGGUCUCAGGAUUCAAAUUGAACAUGAAUAAAUGUGAAGUACUUAACAUUACCACUCCAACGGCCCAAACAAUCGUACUGAAGAACCAAUUUCCGUUUAGAUGGUGCGCAAACCACAUGCAGUAUCUAGGUAUCGCAAUUACCAGAGACCUGGGUGACAUGUACCGAACGAACUUCUUACCACUACUGCAACGAAUCCAACAGGAUUUGAAAACGUGGACGUACCCACACAUUUCGUGGUUCGGCCGGAUCGCAAUUCUCAAGAUGAAUAUCCUACCAUGGCUGUUAUAUUUAUAUCAGACGAUUCCGCAAGCUCUACCGAUGGCAUAUUUCGCGUCACUACGUUCCGCGAUGGUGAAGUUCGUUUGGAGUGGGAACCAGGCAAGACUCUGACAGGACGUUCUCUGCUUACCUCGAGCAUGGGGAGGACUGGCACUCCCCGACCUCCGCAAAUACCACCAUGCGACAGUAUUACAACGAGUCCUGGAGUGGCAUACUCAACCGGAACAUAAACAAUGGAUCGAAUUGGACAAACAACAUAUAGGCCCCUCCUUUCUGACAUCAGUGUGGAAUACGAAGAAGAUGCCACGGACGAUUUUGGAACCAUCCUCUACCGUAGCGCAGACACUGAAAGCAUGGGAUUAUAUCAGAAAAGCUCCUCACGUCUCUCAAACACCAAGCCCGAUGACCCAGAUACAAUACAACCCUCAGAUAGGAGGAGGGCUACCGCAGGCAGCAUGGUCCUUCCUGGGAGAGGGGGAAUCGUUCCCCAUACAUAAGGUGUUAACCAACACAGACAUGACCCCCUGAGGGACCUCAUGGAAGGCAACCAACCCACCAGCCUACAAACCUUCCGCUAUGUACAACUCAGAACAUACUACCGGACACUUCCAGACAAGGAAAAGUUACAUAGGGACUUGACAUGGUUCAAAACGCUCUGCGACCACAAGACUACCCUAGAUAAGGCGAUAUCCCUAUUAUACCAACACAUGCUCGUGGGGCACCUCACUAACAAUGACCAAUUCUGCAGACGCUGGGAACGCAUGCUGAAUACAUCAUUCACCACAUCCCAAUGGGAUAAGAUCCUCAUAUUACACCAUAAAUGCUCAUCGAGAUCCCAAUAUCAAGAAACUAACUAUAAACUUCUUUCAUUCUGGUAUAGAACGCCCGACAGCCUACACAGGAUCUUCCCGAAUGUACCUGACACAUGCUGGAGAUGCGGGGACGAACGUGGUUCGCCACUACACAUAUGGUGGGAAUGCUCACUCAUUAAGCCAUACUGGGACGAAGUCCUACAGAAAAUAGGGGAAAUCACAGGGACGGAAGGAAAGCUCAACACAGAGGCGGUUCUCCUGCACUCCACACCAGAUCCCAUAGGCACAUAUAGGAAAAACAUUCGUAGACACCUAAUUAACGCAGCCAAGGCACUGAUUCCGCUAUACUGGAAACAAACGAAUAUCCCGACGAUAAGACAAUGGAUGGAGCGGGUGGAAGAAAUAUAUAGAGCGGAAUCAAUACAGGCUACACUUAGAGGACUCGAGGACAAACAUGUGGAGAGGUGGCGCCCAUGGCUACUCUACAUAGCGGACCAAAACACAGAUAGGAAUAGACGUCCGCAGCCCCAGGGAGCCCCACGACCCCCCACAGAUGGGGACUGACGUCUGGUUCGAUACAUACUACGCCGUGGGCACGGGUGACGGGACCACCCUACUCUUCACACCCCCCUACCCAUCCCUCCUCCAUCCAGCUCCCUCCUCCUCAUCCCCCCUCUCUCUUUCUCUUACUUCUUACUCAAUUAACACUCAUCUUCUUUCUCAACUCUCCAACAAUGGUUUCUAUACGAAUUGAAUGACAAACGUAGCCCUCCUUAAUCCGAGAUUGCUCACAGCUGUGUCACUCACUCACACUUACAUAUCAAAAUGGAAACAAACACCUUCAUCAUGCGAUCACACAACACGAAUAAGGCACACUCCUGAACGGCAUCUGACCUAUAACGACGGACCAAUAGCCCUUGCCACCCCAAAGAGAAAGAUUAGAGGAACACAACAAGCAGACACAAGGUACAAACUUACGAAUAUCCCUCUACUCGAGCUGCAAUCCGAUCACCCAUAUGUAUAUUCUAACGUGUUAACCGCGAUCAAAUAUCAUACAGGUAUAAUAUGUAACAUUGUCUGAGUGAUGUUCACACAUUCUACGUUGGGACCUGCGAGUCCGUUAUAUCUUGUCUACUUGUUCAAUCUAUAGAUACAUGCUGUUGUACAUUGAUCAGGGCAUACCCUGAAAUGCCUAUGUUUGAAUAAAGCCUUUUUGAAACGAACACUAAACACAAUAACAAAAUUUAAACCUUUAUGCGAGUGGUUAUUUUUUCUAUAUUAUUCAUCUUUCCAGUAAUUACACCCCCUACUGGCAGAGAAGAAAUACAUGUCUAUAACCUAACUUGCAAAAUCCUGUUUACUUAUAUCUCUUGAAACAUUAAAGGGGGGAUAUUUUAUGUGUAAUAUGCCCUAUAAGUCCCUCCCCCUCCGUUUGCAGUGAAACCUGCAAGACAACGACCCCAGCGGACAAAGAUCACAGCGCUGACUUUCACGCCCUAACCUGACAUAACGGAUGGUCUCUCACAGAGAACCCUGUGAUUGGACAGUUUUGUCAGCGUUUGUCAUUGCUGCAUGCGUGCAAUUUGAGUUGACGAAGGGUGGGGGGAGGGGGGAAAUAUUGAUUUUUUUUUAAACAAAAAGACUAUUCAAUUAGUGGAUAAAGGCAGGAGGGAGCACACACAGAAAGUUAUCCCUCCCUUCAGGCGUUCUGUCUGCAAGGGAGAAGAUUUGUAUGUCUGUUGCCAGUGCACUAUGUGUGAUGAUGACAUAUGUUACAUAUGCACAGAAUUUGCAUUAAGCAUCUGAGGACAGAGUUCCAGAACUCUGGGCUACCUAAGUCACGUGUGCUAGAACUUGCAGGAGCCUCCUGUGUGUAAAAAAAAAGUUCAAUUCACUGAGCACAAGCUAAUUUAAGUUAAUAUCUAAUUGAAAAUUGUUAAUUUUUUUUCCAUACCGGCUGUUUCAGUCACAGGCAGAUGAGGUGUGGCUAGUGCUGCAUGGACAGAAACAAAACAGAUUUAACUCCUUAAUGCCAGAGAAUUGAGCAGUGAGAAUUAAGAGGCAUGAUCUAAACACCAUGACUGCUUAAUUAAGCUAAAGUUGUUUAGAUGACUAUAGUGUCCCUUUAAUGACUAACCCUGAAUUCACUGUCAGGGUUAUUCACUAAAGUGAGAAUAUAAAGAGAAUGCACAUUUAAUUUAAAAUGUAUGGUAAAAAUGGCCAAAUUGGAAAAAUUCUCUAAGUCAGCUAUGCAUUCAGUUUGGCUACUCUGGCCUUAAAUUUCCAAUGAACUUUGAAUUCUCACUUUAGUUAAUAACCAUAUAUGUAUUCUAAAUGCAGGCAUGUUGCAUUAGUAUCUAUAUAUUUAUUAAUGCUAGUAUAUACUAUUUGUUAAUCAUGUAAACCCUUUACAUGUGUCAUGUAAAUGCUACUGACAAAGGCAACAAACUGUCAAUAUGUUACACUGCCUUCAAAAUAUUUUAUUUGAUCAUUUCCUGGUUUAGUACUAUAUUUUUGUGUUUUAUUAAUGUGGAAGACAACACACAUGUCAGAAGCACAAUCUGGGGGAUUGGAUGCUAUUAAAUUAAUGAUAUAAUACUCUAACAUUUAUCGGUUUUCAUGCAGGAUGGAAUCCAUCCUAUCCAGUUACUGCAAGCUGAGAAAGAAAAUAUAAUUGCUACUAAAAUGUAUAAUUAUACUGAUUUUGACAGACAGAGGAAAACUCAGAAAAUGUUAUGUGAACACACAGUAAUUCACUACAGUGAGAAUUCAAAAUCAAUUUCAAAUUUAAAGGACCACUCUAGGCACCCAGACCACUUCAGCUUAAUGAAGUGGUCUGGGUGCCAGGUCCAGCUAGGAUUAACCCAUUUUUUUUAUAAACAUAGCAGUUUCAGAGAAACUGCUAUGUUUACAAAUGGGUUAAUCCUUCCUCCAAAGCCUCUAGUGGCUGUCUCAUUGACAGCCGCUAGAGGCGCUUGCGUGAUUCUCUCUGUGAAAAUCACAGUGAGAGCACGCAAGCGUCCAUAGGAAAGCAUUGUAAAUGCUUUCCUAUGCGACCGGCUGAAUGCGCGCAGCUCUUGCCGCGCGUGCGCAUUCAGCCGACGGGGAGGAAUGGAGGAGGAUCGGAGGAGGAGAGCUCCCCGCCCAGCGCUGGAGAAAGGUAAGUUUUUACCCCUUUCCUCUCCCCAGAGCCGGGCGGGAGGGGGACCCUGAGGGUGGGGGCGCCCUCAGGGCACUAUAGUGCCAGGAAAACUAUAGUGGUCCUUUAAGGUCAAAAAAGCCAAACUGGAAAAAUUCUCUAGCUUAUCUUUGUUGCCAAUUUUGCUACUCUGGCCUUAAAUUUGAAAUUAUUUUUUAAUUAAUUCCAUUUAAUUCUCACUUUAGUAACAUCCUGAACAUCUGUAAAAAUCCAGUGCACGCCACAUAUCCACCUCCAGUUUGCUGGACUGCACUGCCUACGUGCCCUACAUUUCAGCUGGCAAGGAAUUACCAGAGUACGACAAUUUCUAAAGUGCUGCUUUUGAGCCCACAAGCACCCACCUCAAUUGUGCAUAACGUUUUUAAAAAAGAAAAAAAAACAUAAAAAUGUAUAUAUUUUGAAUCCACAUAGGAUGAUGACGAUGAUUGCAGCUCGGAGUGCUGUAAUGUAAUCACCGCCAUUGAAGUGCUGAUAAGGAAUUGUUUCAGUCACAGAAAAUUAGGUCAUUUAUUUGAAACAAGCCAAGUGUGCAGUCCUGCUUUCUGUGUCAUUUUCUUUCCAGAUGUUUGAACAGUUAGUUUCUUAAGACGUGCAAUCAUCUACAAAACAUAGGUUUGCACAAAACUAUUAUUUUAACUAUAUUAUACUAACUGACAUGGGUGGUUAGUAAGAAGAGGUUUCAGCAAGGAAACUGUUUUUUCUAUGCCAGUGAUACUUAAAGGACACUCCACUUCCCAAAUCUAAACAAAAAUAAAUUCACUAUUUGCUAGGUAUAUACUGAAUGAAAAUGUGCAUGCACUUAAUUAUACUUUUUUUUUAUUGGGUGGGUUAUAUCUAAAACCAGCUUGCAAAGAUGUAGAUCUCUUAUCUGAAGCCUUUAUCAGCCUUCCCCUUUUAACCCUGCCCAUACUUCCUGUGGCUGUUCAAUCACAGACUUCUCAAUGCAGCUCAAUGAGAAGUCUUUGCAAGUCAGGUGCUAAAAAAAAAUUCUGUUGGAAAAAGUGGAGGAAAUAUUAAACAGUCUAGACGUCAUAUUCCGUCUCCCGGCAUCACUCUGCGACGCGCGAGGGAGCUGAGCAGAAACAGCUCACAAAUCAGUGCUCCCUCGCAGGCGCCGCGUGCCUGGAUUACAAUUAGCCACCAAAGUGCCUGCAUGCCUGCCUCCCUCCCUGCAAGAAGACCCACUGGACCCCAGGUAAAAAAAUCCACCCAGCUCUUCCAAAGGUAGGGAGGAUGGGUGGAUUUAAACUAAAAUAGAAAAAGUAAUCUUUAUUAAUUAAUGUUUGGGGGGGUUGUGUGUCUGGCUGUCAGUGUGUGUGUGUGUGAGUGAUUGUGUGUGUCUGGCUGUCAGUGUGUGUGUGUGUGUGUGUGUCUGGCUGUCAGUGUGUGUAUAUGUCAGUGUGUGUAUGUCUGUCAGUGUGUCUGUCUGAGUGAUUGUGUGUGUCUGGCUGUCAGUGUGUGUAUGUCAGUGUGUUUCUGAGUGAUUGUGUGUGUCUUGCUGUCAGUGUCUGACUGGCAGUGUGUGUCUGAGUAAUUGUGUGUGUCUGGCUGUCAGUGUGUGUGUGAUUGUGUGUGUCUGGCUGUCAGUGUGUGUAUGUCUGUCAGUGUGUUUCUGAGUGAUUGUGUCUGUAUGCAGGGGCGGGCUGGGCCGGGGGGCAGGGAGGCAAUUGCCCCCCAGGCCGCCCUAAAUUCCUGUAAGGCCGGCCGCGGCGGGCCGGCCCUUUAAAUACUGCAGCCGCCUGAGCGCUCUGUUAAGAGCCUCAGGCGGCUGCAGCUUCUCCCCUCCCUCCCCUGUAGCGUGGCCGAGCUGCACUCCUGUUCCGCGCGGAGUUUCUGUUUCCUGUUACCGACCGGACUGACAGGAAGUGCACACUGAGUGUGCACCUUCCUAUCACUCCGGCCGGCCGGCCACCGCGGACCGGAGUGCUGCUCGGCCACGCUACAGGGGAGGGGGUAAGAAGAGAGGGAGGAGGGGAGGGGGUAAGAAGAGGGGAGGGAGGGGAAUAAGAAGAGGGGGGAAUAAGAAGGGGGGAUAAGAAGAGGGGAGGGGGGAUAAAGAGGAGAGGGAAUAAGAAAGGAGGGGAAUAAGGAGGGAGGGGGGGUAAACAAGAAGAGGGGAGGAAAUGAAGAAGAGGGAGGGGGGAGGCGAAGAGGAGGUGGCGGCAAGAAGCUGAGGGAGGGGAGCAGCCAGCUGAGGAGAUAAGAAAAGAGGGGUAAGAAGAAAGAAGGGCGAGUAAGAUGGGGGAGCAAGCAGCUGCAAGAAGAGGAGGGAGUAAGAAGGAAGAGGAGGAGUAAGAAAAGAGGGGGGAGUAAGAAGAAGAGGGGGAGUAAGAAGAGGGAGAGGGGGAAUAAGAAAAGGAGUGGGCGGAGUAAGAGGGAGAGGGGGGAAUAAGAAGUGCUGUGGGAGGGCGGAGGAAGAAGGUGAGGGAGAUAAGAAAGAGGGGUAAGAAGAAGAAGAAGGGGUGAGUAAGAAAAGAUGGGGAGGAAAGGAAGAAGAAGAGUGUAUAAGAAGAAGAAGAGGGGGUAAGAAGAAGGGUGAGUAUGAAGAAAGUCAGAGUAAGAAGAAGAAGGGGAGGAAGAGGAAGAAGAAGAAGGGGGGUAAGAAGAAAGGGGGAGCAAUAAGAAGAAGGGGGGUUAAGAAGAACAGGUGGGGGAGUAAGACGACCAAGGGGGGAAGUAUGAAGAACACAGGGAGGAGGGGGGUAAGACGAACACAGGGGGUGUGAGGAGAACACAUAGAGGGAGGAGUGAGAAGAGCACAGGGAGGGUGGGUGAGUGUGAGAAGAGACCGCUAGGGAGGGUGGGGGAGAGGAGAGACCACUAAGGUGCAGGGGAGAGCUCUACGGGACAGAAGGGGCAGCUCUAUAGGACAGGGGCCAAGACAGGGAGCUCUUUCACACUACGCGCGCACACACACACACAAUGCAUCCCUAUACAUACACAGAAACACAACAUGCUUCCCUUACACACAGAGAAACACACAAUGCAUCCAUUACACACACACACAAUGCAACCCUUACACACAAAGACAAUGCAUCCUUUGCACACAUACACAGAAACAGACAAUGCAAACCCGUACACACAUAUGCAAACACACACACUCUUUUCUUACAUACACACAGAAACACAAUGCAUCUCUUACACUCAAUGCACACACAUACAGACACACACCUUGCAACCCUUAUGCAUACAAACACAGAUUCACACAAUGCAUCCCUUACACACAACCAGAAACACAUAAUACAUCCCUUAUACACAAAUACACACUGCUUCCACUACACACAAACACACUGCAUCACCUGCACAAACUGGUAACCCUAUACACUACAUACCAUAAGCACACAUAUUAGAUCCUCUACAAUAACACAUAACACAUCCCCUACACACUCCACCCCUGUGAGCGAACUCAUGGGUGGGUGGAAUUAUGAGUGGCCUUAUGGGCAUACUCACCGUCAGGCCCUGGGGCCCAGACCUUGAGCUGUGUAAGGGGCCCCAAAAAAUGGAGCUGCUUCCAAUUCUCCCAGAACAUUGAAUUUUGUGACCACAGCUGCAAACAGCCUCCAGAGAUCCUGUUCUACACCAGACCAGUGGAGCCAAACUGCAGCCCAUCAUCAUCCUCAUCUGCUUGUAAGUAGGCAAUCUAGUAUAUUAUUAGUGACACUAAUCUAUAAUGUACCUCACAUUAAAGGGACACUAUAGCUUAAUGAAGUGGUUCUGGUGUCUAUAGCUGGUCCCUGCAGGCUUUUUAAUGUAAACACACACUGUGUGCAGCACUGGCGUUAGUUCAUAUGGGUGGGGCAUUGUGAUGUCACAUGGGGGGGCAGCAAAUUUUUAUUUUGUCUAGGGCGGCAAAAAUCCUUGCACCGGCUCUGAUCCUGGGCAGGUGCACCAGUCUACUGGUGACCCACAGGAGGGGAGUGCACUGAUUGCACUGCACUCUCCUCCUGUCCAGCCCCAUCUUUACCGCAGUGCAAGUGCCCUCUGCCCCUAAUUUACAGUGGCUCACACUCACAACAAGCAGUGCCUGGAGCCGUGAAGGAGCGGGUAUGGCAAAGAGCUACUGAUUAGCAUAACAUCAAUAUCCAUUAUAAAACCAGGAAAAGGUGGGCAUGGAUGGUGAACUGAUUUGGUGGUGCAAUGGGCCACUUGACUGGUUUUGCCCCCCAGGCCUAAGGCUGCCAGCCCUCCCCUGUCUGUAUGUCUGUCACUGUGUGGCUGUCUGUCAGUGAUUGUGUGUGUGUGUGUGUGUGUGUGUGUGUGUGUGUGGCUGUCAGUGUGUGUAUGUCAGUGUCUGAGUGAUUGUGUGUGUCUGGCUGUCAGUGUGUGUGUGUGUGAGUGAUUGUGUGUGUCUGGUUGUCAGUGUGUGUCUGGCUGUUAGUGUGUGUCUGUGUAAUUGUGUGUGUCCGGCUGUUAGUGUGUGUCUGUGUAAUUGUGGGUGUCCGGCUGUCAGUGUUUGUGUGAUUGUGUGUGUCUGGCUCUCAGUGUGUAUCUGAGUGAUUGUGUGUAUGUCUGUCACUGUGUGGCUGUCUGUCAGUGAGUGAGUGAGUGUGUGUGUCUGUCAGUGAAUGUGUUUGUUUCUGAGUGAUUGUGUCAGUGAGAGCGCCUGUGUGUCUGAGUGAUUGUGUAUGUAUGUCAGUGAUUGUGUGUAUGUCAGUUUUUGUUUUUGUCAAAUCAGUGUGUGUAUGUCAGUGUAUCUGAGUGUGUGUCUGUCAGUCAAAGUGUGUGUUAGUCGUUUAACAGGAGGAGGUGUGGCAUUGACAGGAAGGGGUGGGGCAAAUAUAAAUUAGGGGGUGCCCAAGUUCCAUCAUGCCUAGGGCAGCACAGAUACUAAAUACCUCACUGCCAUCACUGAAGCUAUGCUUCUCAUGGAGCGUUUAAGCAUUUAAUUGGAAGAUAGCUUCACAAGAGGCAGAAUGAGCUGCUGCUGUUUUUUUUCCAUUUGGUAACCAUUGGUAACAAAUCUAUUAGGGAUUCAUUGUAUCUGGAUUGUUUCAAGCUCAGGUAGGAGAUACAAACCUUUCCACACAUAUGGGUAAAGAUUCUUUUAUUGUUCAAUAGUAGAUUGUGGUAUACCUAUUGGUUAUGCCUGAGAUUGGAAGAUAUAUUACCUUCUCAUAAGAAAGGUUUCUGAAUUGUUAAAGAAGAUUUUGUAGGUUUUGUAGAUUUCCAUUAAGUCUGGAGAAGCUGCAAACCACAUAGGAGACAAGCUCCCUACUAGGAGAGUGGGUAAAGCACUUGAAGCCACCAAUGAAGGCUGUGGCAAGUGUGUUAUUGCCAAGAAAGGGGACAAUCUGUGUUUUUGGACUUCCAUCUUUUUUUUUACGAACUUGUUGAAUAAUCAUGGCACAAUUUGUCAACUCUAUGCUGUUUAAGAAUGGGUAUUAUGAUAUCUAUGAGGUGCUAUUUGUGGAAUACACCAUUUUUAACCAAAAUGUUCCCCUAGCUUCAACCCUGUGUAACCGCAAAACAAAGUCUACCUAUGUAAACUCUACCUAAAAAAAACAUUGAAACCAUGUUAACAGAUAAUCCCAAAACCAAAAAUAGAACAUGGAAAUAUAGUUUCUUACCCUACUCCUUCCCGAGACCCCCGUAAUCUCUAACCCUAACAGGACCAUUAGCAUGUCCCCCUUAUAAAUGUCAAUAUACAGACUUUUAACAUGUAUUUAUGGAACUUCAUUGCAGUAUUGCUAUUAUGUUCAAUGUUAUCAGUGCAUUUUUAAAUAAAUACUGUAUAUAAGAAACUUUUGAAAGUAAAUUACACAGUUUUCACUACAUUUACCACAUUUAUUUAACAGGAUGAAAAAAAGCAACUGAUGACUACAAAUGUGUGGCUGAGACAGGUAAGGAUGACAUACAAUAUCUGGAUUAAAAUGAAUAAAAUAAACUGGGUUUAUAGAAGUAGACAUGGCUAGGUUAGCACAUUUAGCAGUACUACUCACAUGAAGGCCUAAAGAUGAGAGGAUCCCGAGUCCAAGCUCAGGAAGGGUACUGCUAGAUUCUAUGACAAACUUGAAAGAGAGAACACUUGCAUCUACAGAAAUGCAGGUGACCCAAAUUUGCAAAUAUCCAUACAAUAAGUAUAACAACUAAACUUACUGUUUAAGCAUGCAACUUCUGCUAUGAUGCUGACUACCUGACUCCUGACUGACACAUCAGUUAGAAGUCCCUUUUUCCUUGUAGCAGGCUUAACAAGUGAUGGCCUUGGCAACUGUUGUUUUUUUUUAAAUACUUUAUUUAUGUGUGACUGUCUCGUUGUGCUUACAACAUACAGUAUACAUUGCAAAAGUUGUACAGUCCUAAAAAAAUCAACAAUAAUUGUGCAACAUUCUCAGUAUUGGCAAUUGUUUUUAAAACAACUUGGAUAUAGAGGCAUUUAGGAACAGAGUGUGUGUGACCUCUCAACCCCUGCUGCCAGUCAGACAAUAGGUCCACUGGCUUCUCUGUGGACGCAUUUGCCAUGGUGUCCUACUGGAUCUCCGACUGGGCCUAGGACAUUUACAUAAAGACCCUUGUUGGAAUAUAUAAAAUUGAAGAUAUCACCAUGGAUGCUGUUAUGUUAUUUAGAUUAGUUUUUCUAAAUACAUUUUCUAAAUUUUCUUGCUGCAUGCACUGAAAAGAAAUGCAGAUAGAAUGGAAAGUAUAGAAUCCUCAAUAAGUUUAUGAAUAUUAAUACAUAUUUAUCUAUUUCACAAAAACUACAGGAAUGGAAAGACUUGAAGUUGCAGUGGAAUCCCAAAGAUUAUGGUGGAAUCACUUACAUUAGAGUACCUUCAGAGACUCUGUGGCUCCCUGACAUUGUUCUCUUUGAAAAGUAAGUGUUUUUUUUCUACAUUUGUUUUAGUACUGUUUCUCACGAAUAUCAAGGUAAGCUUUCAAUUAAUAUAUUUACCUGCACGUAGAUCUGCUAUAUUUACAUCUAAAACCCAUUGCCUCAAUAUUUUGUUUGGCAAUGUGGUUAAGAUCAACCUGAAAAGCUUAUCAAAAAAUAUUAGAGCAAUGCCAAUUUAAUUUAAACAUAUUAAACUGCCGAUUUAAAAAAAUAUUGCUGAAAUAAUGUUCAUACAAACCACAUUUCUGGUGUAUUUUAUUAAAUUAUAUAGCUCACACACUACUAUUUGCCAUUUUGCUUCAGUGCAGAUGGACGUUUUGAAGGUUCACUCAUGACAAAAGCCAUAAUACGAUAUGAUGGAACAGUCAUCUGGACACCACCAGCAAGUUAUAAAAGUUCUUGCACAAUGGAUGUCACAUUUUUUCCAUUUGACCGACAAAACUGCUCUAUGAAAUUUGGUUCAUGGACAUAUGAUGGGAAUAUGGUGGACCUUAUCCUGAUUGAUACAAAUGUAGACAGGAAGGACUUCUUUGAUAAUGGAGAGUGGGACAUUUUAAAUGCUACAGGUUUAAAGGGAAUGAGGACAGAUGGGAUCUAUUCAUAUCCAUUCAUCACCUAUUCUUUUGUUUUGAGGCGUCUUCCUUUAUUUUAUACUCUUUUCUUAAUAAUUCCUUGCCUUGGUCUCUCAUUCCUGACCGUUCUUGUGUUUUACUUGCCAUCUGAUGAAGGAGAAAAACUGUCAUUGUCCACCUCAGUACUAGUUUCUCUUACGGUUUUCCUACUUGUCAUUGAAGAGAUAAUUCCCUCCUCAUCUAAGGUAAUCCCACUGAUUGGAGAGUACCUACUUUUUAUCAUGAUAUUUGUCACCUUAUCUAUAAUUGUGACAGUCUUUGUCAUUAAUGUUCACCAUCGUUCCUCAGCAACAUACCAUCCUAUGGCUCCUUGGGUGAAAGGUCUCUUUUUGCAAAAACUUCCCAAACUGUUGUGCAUGAAAGGUCACAUUGACCGAUUCUCCUUCCUGGACUCAGAAAGCAAUGUUCCACCAGGAAAAUCAAAGCCUUCUGGCAAAAGAAAACAUAUCCAGGCAAAUGAUGGAGAAAAGGUUUUGAUCGCCUUCCUGGAAAGGGCUGCUGACUCUAUUAAGUAUAUUUCAACGCAUGUAAAAAAGGAGCAUUUUAUUAGACAAGUGAGUAUGAAUAUUGGUUGCUUUUUUCUAAUCUUAAUUAUUAUUCUUAAUUAAUGUACUAUUAUUAUUGUAUUAUUUUUAUUAGGACUUAUAUAGUGCCAACAUAUUCCGCCACACUUUCACAAAGCAAUCAGGUAAACUAUGAAACUGUAAGUUUAAUAAUGAAGAAACAGGGAGGGGGGAGAUGCAAGGACUUAUAGAAAUAAAGAUGGAGAGGAAGGGAGUCAUAAAGAAGCUUUUAUUGCAUUUCAUAAUCCUAAUUAGAAGCUAAUGUAAACAAUAGGGCAAUUGGUCUGGAAAUAGGAAGAGAAAACAAGUCACUCGAAAUAAGGAAACUAAGAGAGACCUUUUUACUGAUUAACUAUUGGCUUAAUAUUUAGGGGAAAUCAGUCAGGGUUAUUCGCUAACGUAAGAAUUGUCGGGAAUUCAAAGUGAAUUUAAAAGUCAAAGUAAAAUUAGCUUAACCUGAAACACAGCUGACUUGGAGUAUUGUUCCACUUUUGCUACUUUGGCCUUAAAUAUGAAAUAAACCUUAACUUACCUUAAGUUAAAAAAAAUUUACCUUAUUUCCAGCGCCUGCAGGUGCGCAGGCAGUGGCCCACCCCCGAUCAGCCUCUUUCCCUGACAUUAUCAGAAUGAAUGAUCUCCUGUGGGAAAGCACUGUGAUUGGUUGUGGGCGUCAAUCCCGUUGAUUUCAGCUAAGAGGAAUGGUGGGGGAGCCAAACACUGCCGUAGCCAAUCAGCAUCUCCUCAUAAACAUGCAAUAAAUCAAAGCAUCUCUAUGGGGAACAUUCAGCUUCUCCAUGAAGACUGUUGAUACGCUAAAUGGAAGUGCUGCACACUGUGUAGCAUUGACCAAGGAAGCACCUCUAGUGGGCCUCUGAGGAGUGGCCACUGGAGGUGUCCAUAGGGAGAAAUGUAAACAAUGCUUUUUCUCUGAAAAGACAGUGCUUACAUUAAAAAGCAUGCAAGGACUGACUAUACUCACCAGAACAACUACAUUAAGCUGUAGUUGUUCUGUUGACUACAGUGUCCCUUUAAGUUCCUGGAAAUUCUCACUUUACUUUAGUAAAUAACACUGCAUAUGCGAAUUCAGGACAAAAUCCUAAUCACCCACCAAUAAUAAGGAGAUAAAUUCCAAUAAAACUGUUUGAAUUAUAUAUGUUAUUUAUGCUUUCAUAUACUGGAAUAAAAGACCAAUAUGAAUAUACAUGAAGGCGUGAGAAUUUUACAUAACACAAAUAACUGCAUUUACUUACUUUGGAAUACUGAGGAGCAGUUGACAUUGUGUUAUGCUAAUGACAGAAUAUUUCUCCUUGUCAUAUGUCUGUCCUUAAUGGUAUCGUUGUAAAUUAGACAGAGCAUGGUAGGUGAAAAGUAGGUUUUCAAACAAUAGAAUAAGGUCUGUCUCAAAUUCAGAAUACCCUGAAGAAUAGAUCUUACUAUAAUUAGAAUAUGCUGUCUUGAGGUGUGAAUAUGUUCUAUAGAUGGAGCAUUAACAAACUGAACUAUUGCAAUAUGUGAAAAGGAAUAAAGGAAUUUAUUUGUUUAGGGCUUUAUGCAUUAUAAAUCAAUCAAUGAUAAUAAAUCAAGCAGUGUUUGAAAUUAAAGGGACCAUCUGAGCACCAAUACAACUUUAGCUGAAUGAAUAGGGUUGCCAUCAGAAAUCUUGGGCUCCUUACACUGGUGUAGGUCUGGCCCCCUUGAGUCCACCAACAGGGCCCACCCUAAGUCCGCCAACAAGGAAGCAGUGUGUGUGUAGAGUAGAUGUAGUAUAUUUAUAGUUGAUGUAGUGUGUGUAUAGUGGAUGCAGUUUGUAUGCAGUGGAUGUAGUCUGUGUGUAUGUGUUUAUUGGAUGCAGUGUGUGCAUAUGGGAUGCAGCAUUGAGUGUAGUGGAUGCAGUGUGUAUAUCGUGAAUGCAGUGCGUGUGUAGCGGAUGCAGUUUUUGUGUAGUUGAUGGAGUGUGUGCAUAGUGGAUGAAGUGUGUGUGUAGUGUAUGCAGAGGUUGUGUGUAUAAUGUAUGCAGUGUGUGUGUAGUGGAUGCCGUGUGUGUUUAAAUGUGUGGGGUUGGAUAGAGGCUGCAUUCUGUGGGCAAAUGUGGGGACCCACGAUAACGUUUUGACGGACAUGGACAUGCGAGAGUUUGAGCAACCGGAAGCUGGAGAUCAGGUGUGCUGGGCCCCCUCUUCACUAUACAUGCAGACAGUUGCUCAGUGGCUCACAGGGGCACAUAUUUAUAUGGUGGCGUGUAGGAUCAGAUUCUCACUGAAUAUUUAGAGCCUCAAAUGCCCCUGGGCAGGCAUUGAGUACUGAAGUUGUCAGAGACUUUGUUUGGUGGAUUACAAGAACAGAUGGAAACUUUGUCUUCCAGAGUGGUCCGGGCCCACCAGGACCGAUGGACCUGUGACAACCCUGAGGAGUUAAAUCACUUUUCUUCUGCCUUCAUGCAGCCCUAGCCACAUUUUCCCUGGCACUGACUGACACAGCCAACAUAAAAAAAAGGUUUAUUUUUAGGAAGUGUGUAGGGAGGCUGUGUGAGUCUCAGCCAAGCGAGGUAUGGCCAGGGCUUUAUAAGCAAAGUGAUUUAACUCCUAAAUGAGAAUCUAGUGGUGAUAUUGCACGGGAAUGAUCUAUACACCAAAACCACUUCAUUAUACUAAAGUUGUUUUGGUGCUUAGCAUCUCUUUAAUUGUGUCAUUGUUUCUUACAUAUACAAUAUGAUAUAUUUGAUAUUUCUUUUUGCUUAGGUUGUGCAGGAUUGGAAAUUUGUAGCACAAGUACUCGAUCGCAUAUUUCUCUGGCUGUUCCUCACCGUGUCCAUCACAGGAUCCGUGCUGAUCUUUACUCCCGCAUUAAGGAUGUGGCUAAACAGCAGCAAUGUCUGAAUCCAUAUUAUCACACUGGGUGCACAGGAGAAAAUUGAUUGGACAUUUAACAUUCCUCUGGACAUGAGGUUUAAAUGGUUGACAGCCACAAAGUUUUAUUUAUAAUAAUUAAAUUCACAUAUUUUACAGAUUCGUGAUUAUAAAAAUUUACAUUGCUAAAAAUAGAAAUUAGAGCACAGUGG